GCUAUUCAAAAAUUAUGAAACCGAAUUUCGCAUAUAUGUGCUCGUAUUACGAAUAAUCUUAUUACGACGCAAGACUUACGAUUUCGAUGUCCAUGCGAUAACAUUCCGGCGUUGAUUGCGUUUUGUGCUACAAUCUGCACGGACAAGUUUUUCUGUACAUUUCACAUCCAAGUGUUCGCGUUUAUACAGAGUUUUUCUUUUAAAGUGCCGGAAAAAGACAAGGUAGUAAUUUUUGUCAGAUGUAACCAGAAAUGGUCUGUUGUUUUGACCCUGCUUGACUAAUGAACCGAUAAUCAGCGCCACUGCAACGGAUAUGACAUAGGCGCUAUUCGAACGAUUAAUUCUUCUUACAGUAAUUAUUUCCAUUUUAAUUACUGUCAUUUGUCGCGUGCACGAGCUCCACCUUAUAGUCAGCUGCUGCAGGAGUAUUUUGCCGCUUGAAUCAUGUGCUGAAUUAUGCAAAUUUUAAUCAGCUGUUAAAUUGUAUUGCUGAGCGCUGAAUGCCAAAACGGGAAGCCAUGGAGCGUAUGUGGCGGUUAUGUGUCCAAAAUCUCUGGAUUGUCUCAGUAUUAUUUGUUGUUCGAUUAACAUCGUGCGAUGCGUUACGAACCUUUAUGAAAUCAACAUUUAUCUGCCCGAAACCGUUUGGAUCAUUUCCGGACCCCGAUUCUUGCGAAAGCUACUGGAUUUGUAAUAACAACAAUUCCAUUGCGGCAACGUGCAGCUUCGGCUUAAUCUAUAGCCAUGUCCUUCUGAAUUGCGACUGGGCAAGUCCGGAAAUUUGCACUAGAGUAAAUGGAAAAGUUGUGCGCAACUGGACACCGCCUCCCGCCCCGGUCUUCCAGUUUUCUUUUGAUAACACCCCCUCGCCGGUGCUCAACAACAACGACAACAACACCAUUUCGGCGCCGGAAGUGGCUUCGCCCAACUCGGUCACUCCUAUUCGUCUACUGAGCGCCAAGGAAAUCCUUGCCAAAUGGCAGGAAGCUCAGAGCGUAUCCCGCGUUCCCUCCCACAUCCUCGCCACCACAACUCCGGCCUACGUUCCACCGGUGACCGGACCGCCCGAUUACACCCUUUCCCGAACGUACACUUCCGCCCCCAAACAAACCUACACGGUGCAGCCGUUGGGCGAGAAGCCGCUGGCCUGUAAUGCCAAGAACUGUAAAUUACCGGACUGUUACUGUACGGCCAAGAAGAUUCCUGGCGGCCUUAAGGCCGAGAAUACGCCGCAGAUCGUCAUGGUGACCUUUGACGAUGCGGCCAACGGGAAUGCGGAGCUGCUGGAUUUAUUGUUCGCCGCCAAUCGGACGAACCCCAAUGGAUGCCCCAUAACCGGGACGUUCUUCCUCGCCAAUCCAGCGACGGAUUAUAAUGUGGUCAGGAAGUGGGCGAGACGAGGUCAUGAAGUGGCCUCGCAUUCGUUGACGCAUAAGGAUUUUGGCCGGUACAAGGAAAGUCAGUGGCAGGGUGAGAUUGUCGGUGAAGCCAAACUGACCGAACAGCUGGCUGGCGUGAAAGUGAGCGACAUUGUGGGGAUGCGGGCACCCUUCCUGGCCAUCGGCGGCAACACCAUGUUCCGGAUGCUAUGGAAGAACGGUUUCCUCUACGACUCCUCCAUACCAUCCUCGCAGCUAGACCCGCCCCUGUGGCCCUACACCCUGGACACCCAUUUGCCGCAGAAGUGCUUCCGCAAUUGUCCCACCGGCUACUAUCCCGGCUUAUGGGAGGUGCCUAUGACGGAUGUGUUGGACAUUAAUGGGAUGGCGUGCAGCAUGUACGAUGCCUGUACAUUUCCCGGUAAUCCCGAAGAGAUCACCGACGUCUUCUGGGACAAUUUCAUGCGGCAUUACAACAGCAACCGGGCGCCAUUCCUGUUGUCAGCCCAUCCCGCCUUUUAUUUCAACUCGCCCAGCCGGGUGGCGGGAAUGUUGGCCUUCAUGGACAAAGCCCUGCAGCUGGGCGAUGUGUGGUUUCUGUCGGUUAAGCAGACGCUCCAGUGGAUGCAAAAACCAACGGACAUAACCAAGUUGAAUGAUUUUAAGCCAUUUAAAUGUGGCUAGAUACCGUAACUUCAUCAUUCAUAAGCGUAAACAAAUAAAGCAUUUUCGUGGAAAGAUUCGAUGUGAACGGUUUAGUAAUAUAUAUGUUAAGUAUAUGUAAUUGCAUCACAGCUGCAUAAACAAAACAACAUUGUUCCGCAGUAAACGAACGCCAAACAUUAUGCUGCACGACACAUUGGCUUAGUUUUUC